AAACAAUAUUAGUACUAAAAAGUCAAAUCAAAUCGGUGAACUUAACUCAGUUGAUAGAGACAUCUCACACUAUAUACAUGAGUUUGGAUUCGAAUCCAAACACUUCAUUUAUUUAGUUGUACGUGAAAAAAAAACUAAAAAAAAGCCAAACCUUUGAACCUUCUUCAAUACUUAUUCACUCUCACUCUCAUCACUCUUUCACUCCACUCUUCCAUCUCUCUCUCCCAAAAUGCUCCCUCUUCUCUCAUCCCUCAUCUUCCUCCUCCUCACACUCACAUUCCACUCAGUUUCCACAACACACAUAAUCUCAGAAUACCACACACUCCUCUCAUUCAAAUCAUCUUCCAUAACUAACGACCCAACAAACAUCCUUUCCUCAUGGAACCCAAAAACCACUCACUGUUCCUGGCACGGCAUUACAUGUGGCCAACACCGCCACGUCAUCGCCAUCAACCUCUCUUCUCUCACUCUCACCGGAACACUCUCCGACGACAUUUCCAAUCUCCCUUUCCUCACCAAUCUCUCCCUCGCCGACAACAAAUUCUCCGGCCCAAUUCCCUCUUCUUUCUCCUCUCUAGCUUCUCUUCGUUAUCUUAACCUCUCCAACAAUGUCUUCAAUGGCACCUUUCCUUCUCAACUAUCCAACCUUUUCAAUCUUCAAGUUCUUGAUCUUUACAAUAACAAUAUGACUGGUACUCUUCCGUUAUCAGUUACUAAAAUGAGUUUUCUUCGUCAUUUGCAUCUUGGUGGAAAUUUUUUCAACGGAAAAAUUCCACCGGAGUAUGGUUUUUGGACUCAUCUUGAAUAUCUUGCUGUUUCUGGUAAUGAGCUUUCUGGACCCAUUCCACCGGAGAUUGGUAACCUUACUUCUCUUCGAGAGCUUUACAUUGGUUACUAUAAUACCUACAACGGUGGUAUUCCGCCGGAGAUUGGUAACUUAUCAGAGAUGGUGAGAUUUGAUGCUGCUUACUGUGGAUUAACCGGUGAAGUUCCGGCGGAGUUGGGUAAGCUUCAAAAGUUGGAUACUUUGUUUCUUCAAGUGAAUGCACUUUCUGGGUCUCUUACACCGGAGCUCGGAAACUUGAAAAGUUUGAAAUCUAUGGAUUUGUCUAACAAUGCUUUUUCCGGUGAAGUUCCGGCGAGUUUUGCUGAGCUUAAAAAUCUUACCCUUUUGAACCUUUUUAGAAAUAAGCUUCAUGGAGCUAUACCGGAGUUUAUCGGCGAGAUGCCGGCGCUUGAAGUGUUGCAGAUUUGGGAGAAUAACUUCACUGGAAGCAUUCCUCGGAAUUUAGGGAAGAAUGGGAAACUUACACUUGUUGAUGUUUCUUCAAACAAGUUAACUGGUUCAUUACCUCCUAAUAUGUGUUUUGGCAACAAGCUUCAAACUUUAAUAGCUUUAGGGAAUUUUCUUCUUGGUCCUAUUCCAGAUUCACUUGGAAAGUGUAAAUCUCUAAGUAGAAUUAGAAUGGGUGAGAAUUUUCUAAAUGGGUCAAUUCCAAAAGGACUUUUUGGUCUUCCAGAACUUACACAAGUUGAGCUUCAAGAUAAUCUUUUAUCAGGAAACUUUCCUCAACCUGUUUCUAUGUCUCCAAAUCUUGGUCAAGUUACUCUUUCCAACAAUAAGCUUUCUGGGCCAUUACCACCUUCCAUUGGGAACUUUACAAGUGUUCAAAAGCUUCUUCUUGAUGGGAAUCAAUUCUCAGGUAAAAUCCCUUCUGAGAUUGGAAAGUUACAACAGCUUUCAAAGAUUGAUUUUAGUCAUAACAAGUUUUCUGGUCCUAUUGCUCCUGAGAUUAGUCAUUGUAAGCUUUUAACUUUUGUUGAUCUUAGCCGAAACGAGCUUUCGGGUGAGAUUCCAAAUGAAAUUACUAGUAUGAGGAUAUUGAAUUACUUGAACCUUUCAAAGAAUCAUCUACUUGGUACUAUUCCAGGUUCUAUUGCUUCAAUGCAAAGCUUAACUUCUGUUGAUUUUUCAUAUAAUAAUCUAACUGGUUUGGUUCCAAGUACUGGCCAAUUUAGUUACUUUAACUACACUUCUUUCCUUGGUAACCCUGAACUCUGUGGACCUUAUUUGGGUCCUUGUAAAGAUGGUGUUGCUAAUGGUCCUCACAAAUCUCAUGUUAAAGGACCAUUAUCUUCUACUGUGAAGCUUUUGCUUGUUAUUGGGUUGCUUGUGUGUUCUGCUGUGUUUGCUGUUGCUACAAUUUUCAAAGCUCGGUCUUUGAAAAAGGCUAGCGAAGCUCGUGCGUGGAAACUAACCGCAUUCCAGCGUUUGGACUUCACCGUUGAUGAUGUUCUUGAUUCCUUGAAAGAGGACAACAUCAUAGGAAAAGGAGGAGCCGGCAUUGUUUACAAAGGUGCAAUGCCUAACGGUGAUCUUGUUGCGGUGAAAAGGUUACCGGCUAUGAGUAGGGGCUCUUCACAUGAUCAUGGUUUUAAUGCUGAGAUUCAAACUUUGGGCCGAAUUCGACACAGACACAUUGUUAGAUUAUUGGGAUUCUGUUCAAACCAUGAGACAAAUCUUUUGGUUUAUGAGUACAUGCCUAAUGGAAGUUUAGGUGAAGUUCUUCAUGGUAAGAAAGGUGGUCAUUUGCAUUGGGAUACAAGGUACAAAAUUGCUGUGGAAUCUGCAAAGGGUCUUUGUUAUCUUCAUCAUGAUUGUUCACCACUUAUCGUUCAUCGUGAUGUUAAAUCAAACAAUAUCUUACUUGAUUCAAGUUUUGAAGCUCAUGUUGCUGAUUUUGGACUUGCUAAGUUCUUGCAAGAUUCUGGAACUUCUGAAUGCAUGUCUGCUAUUGCUGGUUCUUAUGGAUACAUAGCUCCAGAGUAUGCAUACACAUUGAAAGUCGACGAAAAAAGCGAUGUAUACAGCUUCGGUGUGGUACUCCUAGAACUCGUAGCAGGGCGAAAACCAGUUGGAGAAUUUGGCGAUGGAGUAGACAUUGUACAAUGGGUGAGAAAAAUGACUGAUUCAAACAAAGAAGGUGUUCUAAAAGUACUCGAUCCUAGACUUCCCUCGGUUCCACUUCACGAGGUGAUGCAUGUUUUCUAUGUAGCCAUGUUAUGUGUUGAAGAACAAGCUGUAGAAAGACCAACUAUGCGCGAAGUCGUUCAAAUGCUCACUGAACUUCCAAAACCAUCACCUAGCUCAAAACAUGUUGAAGAAGACUUAACAAUGUUAACAAUCACUGAAUCUUCUUUGUCUUCAUCAAACAGUUUAGAGUCACCAGAAAAAGAUCCUAAAGAUCUUCUUAGUAUAUGAAGUGUGUGAUUUGUUUGUUUUUAUUUCCUUUAUGGUUAUGUAAUAGCUUGUGGCUUUGUUUUAUUUUCUUUUGUGGGGUGGGGUUUUAAUUAAUGUUUGGAUAUUUAUUUUGUUAAUGGUUUUUAUAAUUUUGUACAGUUGAAUUAUUGGUGGCAAUGAAUGGGAGUAUUUGGUUA